UCCUCUCUCUAUAUAUAUAGACCAUCAAACAACCCCAAAUAUCACUCAUCAAAGCCUAAAUCCAUUCACCACACAAAAACAUCGCAACCUGAUCACACUAGAUUCUCCUAAGCCUAACCCUUGAAAAGUUUCAAUACGAAAAACUAAUUAGCCACAACAAAAGUUAAUUAAGCAUACAUGUCAACCCUUCAAGCAUCAAGUGUGAUGUCUUCAUCCAGUUAUCUUUCCUCAUGUUGCCGGAGAGGGAUGAUCAGAGGGGCAAUCAAUGUACCAACACUCCGGACAACUCAUCUCUCACUUCCCAACCUCUCCACCAGAGGCUUGGUGGAGGAAUUGGAGUUGAGAAGUGGUUACACAAGUACAAACACUACCCACAUUGAAAAGCAUUCCAACUCUCCCAAAAAUACAAGAUUUGAUACUAAUGCUGCGGAUCCUAUGGUGAUGGUUAAGCUUUACGAGAUCAUGGAGGCCGUUGCAGACAGAGUGGAGAUGCAUAAGAACAUGGGAGAGCAGAGAAACAACUGGAACAGCCUACUUUUAACAUCCAUAAACGCAAUUACACUUGGUGCUGCAACCAUGGUUGGUAUUGCAGCUUCAGGUGCUAAUGUUGGUGCCCCUUUAAUGGGACUCAAGCUGUCUUCUACUGUGUUGUAUUUGGCAGCCACUGGGAUGUUGUCCAUCAUGAACAAGAUUCAACCUUCCCAACUUGUUGAAGAACAGCGAAACGCUGCAAGGUUGUUUAAGCAGCUCCAAAGCCAAAUUCAGACAACCAUGUCCACUGGCACACCCACAGUCGUUGAUGUGAAGGACUUUAUGGACAAAGUUUUGGCUCUUGACAAGGCCUUUCCACUUCCUCUACUAGGCGCGAUGCUCGACAAAUUCCCAUCUACCAUUGAACCUGCAGUGUGGUGGCCACAACAGCGACGAAGACAAGCAAAAGGGGUUGGUAGGAAUGGAUGGAAUGGAGAAUUGGAUGAGGAAAUGAGAGAAAUAGUUGGGGUUUUGAAGAGGAAGGACAAAGCAGAUUAUUUGAGGUUGGGUGAGAAAGCCUUGAAACUUAACAGAGUAUUAGCCAUUUCUGGUCCUUUGCUGACAGGCGUAGCAGCUAUUGGCUCUGCUUUUGUGGGAUCUCCUUCUCAUGGUUCAUGGGCUGCGAUGCUCGGUAUUGUUGGUGGUGCUUUGGCAAGCAUUGUGAACACAUUAGAGCAUGGUGGGCAAGUGGGAAUGGUGUUUGAGAUGUACCGGAGCAAUGCCGGUUUCUUUGAGCUCAUGGAAGAGUCUAUUGAAUCUAAUUUGAGUGAUAGAGAAGUUGGGAGGAUAGAGAACGGGGAGUUGUUUGAAAUGAAGGUGGCUUUGCAGCUGGGAAGGAGCUUAUCAGAGCUAAAGGAUCUAACUGCUUACUCAAGAAAGGGAGAGGUGACGGAAGAGUUCGCAAGCAAACUUUUCUGAUACUCCAGUGGUUCAUCUACAGUACUUGUGUUAAAAAUUUUGUAGUACAUUCUUGUGCUAUCUAACACUAACAAUUAAUGUCUAUAAAUCAGCCCAUAGAAUAGGUAAUUGGAUUCAUUCAAUAUUC